AUGAUUUUACAGCUAAUUGUUGUUUCAUUGCAACUGCACGCCUUCACAAAUUCACACUCUUUAGCAAAUAGCUUCUUCACGAAACCAGACAUACAUGCGGGUUUUGUCACACGAAUCAAUCAGAGAGCUUUGGAUUUGUUGGCUGAUUAUUUGAAAGAGCGCGUUAACAGAUUUAUGCAUCACGGCGAAAUUAUUUUCAAUUUUUCUGCACCACUUACAGACGAGGUGACAUUUGGUCUCAUAUCGACGAAAGCUAUCGGUUACGAUUCGAAAAUAUUCAAAUCACGGUUGUUUAUUGUUCCCGGACAGGGCAUCGUUUGGAUGGGCUCCCAUUUGAAUCUCUCAAUUGGUACAUUUUUCAAAUUUUCCAGUCCUGCUGGUGAUUUUUAUGGAUCUGCUAUACUUCAAAUUAACAGUGCAAAAGUGAAAUCAUUUUUUGUGGCGGCUAUCAACCGUGAUGGUCAUCUUCGGACCGAUAUGCAAAAAUGUACACUCUCACCAGGCAAUGUUGUGAUGAAUUUCAGUGAGACAGAUCCUUUACUUCUGGUCAAUUAUUAUCCUCAAAUUGAUCGUUUCAUCAGUGAAAGAAUCGAGAUAAUAAUAUGUUCAAGUUUCAACACUGAACUUGUACCAAUUAUUUCAAAUCGUCUGAUGAACACUCCCAUGAGUGCAGCAUUAUUUGAUGAAUAUUUCCUGAAUUACGAUCUCAUUGAUCAAAUACAAUAUUUGCCCAAUGCAAUUGAACUGAAGCAUCGAGGCAAUGCAUUCAGUAUAGUAAAACAAGGUCUUAAUAGGCUCAACGAUUUUCGAUUACCCUUCCCAUCAGCACCAAUAACGGUGGAUGUUCGGGGAAGUGGUGCAAUGCUUGAAUUCACAAUGUCCAAUUAUACACUGGCCAGCUUACUCUACUGGAUGGAUCAAUAUCAAAGUUUUGAUUAUGAAAUAAGUAAAAAAAGCAUCAACAGUACAGUAUUGGAAGGUUACUUAAGGACUGAAUGUGGUAUCGAGGAUGUUUGUGCCGGCACUCUAUUUCCCGCUUUGGGUACUCAAUAUCCGGGUGGUAUGGUGCAAAUUAAAUCGCAUACAACCACUUAUCCGAGAGUUCGCUUUGAGCAGAAUAAAGGGAUAAUUGUAAUCUGGAGUCAAGUGGAUGCAUUCGUACAACAAGGUGAACAUACGCGUCGAUUUUUAACAUCUGGUAUGAUGGCCGAAUUGAAACUGGAAAAAAGCAUUUUCCAAAACUAUUCUUUCAUAUCGGAGAUGCGUAUCGAUAAAUUUAAAAUUUUCGAUGUCAUAAGUUUGAUCGAUGGUAUUGACGAGACUAGCCUGGAAUUUCUCGUCAGCGCUCUUAAUGAAUUGCUGAUUGCUGAUGAUGUAGCAAAGAAACUUAGUGACGGCAUAAAAAUGCCGAUUCUAUUUGAUUUUGUUCAAAAAUCGGCAGAUGUUAUAUUUGAAAAGGAUCAAAUGAGAAUAGCGAUCGAUUUUUGUUUCGAUCAGAAUUGUUCUAAGAAUCUGAUUGAAGAAAGCAAUGAUUUCGACUAUUACGACAGUCUCAACUCAACAGCAAUAUUAUUGCAAUAG